CCAAAUCAAUUGCUCUUGCUGAUGCAUGCAAUCUCCGGGGCCACUGCACAUCUCACGACGCUUUUCUGUUGAUUAUCAAGAAACCCAUAAAUUAUUUCAUAAAAUGGUUAAGACACCCUCCGCCGCCGCUGCCGCUGCUGCCGCCUCGUCGGAGCCCAGCGUUAAUAAUGAGUUGAAGUACAAGGGUGUGCGGAAGAGGAAGUGGGGGAAGUAUGUUUCCGAGAUACGCCUUCCCAACAGCAGGGAGCGUAUAUGGUUGGGCUCCUAUGACACGGCGGAGAAAGCGGCGAGAGCUUUCGACGCAGCCUUGUUCUGUCUCCGUGGCCCCAACGCGAAAUUCAAUUUCCCUGAUGAUCCGCCCAACAUUUCCGGCGGGCAGGCGCUGAAUCCAGCUGAGAUACAAACCGUGGCGCACCACUACGCGAAUACUUAUAAUUACAGUGGCAGCAGCUCCUCAAGUAAUAAUAAUCAGCCUCACUCACAGGCGCCGAAUGUUGAUCAGUUCGGGGCACCGGCCAUGGACGAGGACACAUCGCCGUCGUCGACGCAUUCGGAAGGGGCGGGGCCGAUGGACUUGAUCGAUUGGUCGGCUUGGGACAUGUGGGACUCGAGCAGUGGGGGGAAUGCUGCCGGUGAUCAUGUCCUGGAUUACGUGCUCUUUCACGAGCCCAGUUACAUGUACAUGCCGCCGCAUUUCACUGAAAAGGGCAAUGAUCAAGAUGAGGACAACGACGAUGACAAUGACCAUGGAAAUGGUGGUAAUGUCUUCUCUUCUGAUCUCUGGAACUUCUGAUCAUCAGAAAACGCAUUACUACAUACUACUUCACUGCAUUAAUUAGUAAGAACUAAAAGUGCAUGCAUUGUGGAAGUAAUGCGCUUAUCAGGGGCUUGGCGAUCAAUGUUGUUUAGCUUUCCGGUUACUCUUUCGUACUUCCCUGUUGCCGGAAAGUUUGACUGAGAUUCUGGCAAUGAGACGAAGAGGAUCAUAAUGUCAUUGGCCGGUUUUUGUUCUGGGAGAUACCCUUUGCCCAGACAAUCACAGUUCCCUGAUAGGUAUACCUUAUAGAUGUAGUUAUUAGAAGAGUUUGGAAUUAAUACAAUUAGCACAUGUACUGUCUAUAUAUAUAUACACACACACACACAAGGCUGCAUUAAUGCCCAGCUAAAAAUGAAAUAAAUCAAAUUGAAAUACAGAAUUUUCUGUCUCUCGAUUUGAUCUGUGGAUUCAAAUUCAGCUACACUGCACUUUUUAUAUGCUUGCGUUGUGUUAUAUAUACGAUAUUGGGAAAACAUAUAUAUAGUUGAGAUGUUAAAUUUCAUACUGUAACUCAAUCAAAUAUUUCAUUUCAAUGUUGAGUUAUCGAUGUGUAUUUCACAACAAAAAUGAUGUGUGGUGCUCCAUGCACAAUAGAUAUAUAAGAUCUUGGAUGCCAAUGCCAUCACAUCAAAUUGGGGCCAUUGAUUCUAUUAAGAUAA